AUGGGCUGCGCUCCCAGCAUCCACGUCUCGCAGAGCGGCGUGAUCUACUGCCGGGACUCGGACGAGUCCAAUUCCCCGCACCAGACCACCACCAUCUCGCAGGGCACGGCCGCCACCUUGCACGGCCUCUUCAUCAAGACCGACGCGGCCGACUCCAUCCCUUCGGUGCUCGCCUACCAAAGCCGCCAGCCGCCGCCAAACUGCCCGGCCCGCCAGCGCAGGGAGCCCGCCGGCCGAGAAGGCAGGACCGCCGGAGUGCACCACUGCUGUGGUGUCGAGGUGGAGACCCAAACCAGCCAAAGCAGCAUCAAGCAGGCAUCAGCUACUGAGACAGAAAUUGGGCCUAUGAGACUGACACAAGAUCCUAUUCAGGUGUUAUUGAUCUUUGCGAAAGAAGACAAACAGACUGAUGGGUUCUGGUGGGCCUGUGACAGAGCUGGAUAUCGGUGUAGCAUUGCUCGGACACCAGAAUCAGCACUUGAAUGCUUUCUUGAUAAACACCACGAAAUAAUUGUUAUAGAUCAUCGAAACUCCAGAUACUUUGAUGCAGAAGCCAUCUGUAGGUCAAUCCGUGAUACAAAGCCUGCCGAACAUACUGUAAUACUAGCCGUCAUUCCACAAAUGUCUGCUGGCCAAGAAGAAGCCUCUGUCCUCCCCUUUCUCCAUGCUGGUUUUAAUAGGAGAUAUUUGGAGAAUAGCAGCAUCAUUGCUUGUUAUAAUGAACUGAUUCAAAUAGAACAUGGUGAGGUACGAUCACAGUUCAAGCUACGGGCUUGUAAUUCAGUGUUCACAGCACUAGAACACUGCCAUGAAGCUAUAGAAAUAACUAGUGAAGAUCAUGUAAUUCAGUAUGUAAACCCGGCCUUUGAACAGAUGAUGGGCUAUCAAAAGGGAGAGCUAAUAGGAAAGGAGCUUACCGAGCUUCCAAAAAGUGACAAAAACCGUGCAGACUUACUGGAUACGAUCAACACAUGCAUCAAAAGAGGAAAAGAAUGGCAAGGAGUUUAUUAUGCACGUAGGAAAUCAGGAGACAGUAUUCAGCAGCAUGUGAAAAUAACACCUGUGACUGGCCAAGGAGGGAAAAUCCGACAUUUUGUGUCUAUCAAGAAGCUGUGUUGCACCAAUGACAGUAACAAACAGACCUACAAGACUCACCGUGAUGAAAAGUGUGCAGGAGACCAGUUUCAGUCAGAUGUUCACUCCUUCAGAUGCAAGAACAGGAGGAAAGAAUCCAUUGAUGUCAAAUCAAUAGCCUCUCGAAGCAGUGAUGCCCCAAGUUUACAGAAUCGGCGGUAUUCCUCAAUGGCAAGAAUCCACUCCAUGACAAUAGAAGCUCCAAUCACGAAGGUGAUUAAUAUAAUCAAUUCAGCUCAAGAAAACAGCCCUGUAACUGUAGCAGAAGCCUUAGAUAGGGUUUUGGAAAUCUUACGGACAACAGAACUUUACUCCCCUCAACUAGGUACCAAAGAUGAAGAUCCUCACACUAGUGAUCUUGUCGGAGGUCUGAUGACUGAUGGCUUGAGAAGACUGUCAGGAAAUGAGUAUGUAUUUUCUAAAAAUACGAACCAGAGCCAUGGUCACCUUUCAGUGCCAGUCACCGUCAGUGACGUUCCACCCUGCAUUGCACGCUUGCUGGAUAACGAAGAGAGCUGGGACUUCAAUAUUUUUGAACUGGAGGCUGUUACAAAUAAAAGGCCAUUGGUUUACCUGGGUUUGAAAAUUUUUGCCCGCUUUGGCGUCUGUGAAUUCUUAAACUGUUCAGAAGCCACCGUACGCUCCUGGUUCCAGGUGAUUGAAGCCAACUACCACUCCUCCAAUUCCUACCAUAACUCCACUCACGCAGCUGAUGUUUUGCAUGCCACAGCUUUCUUUCUGGGGAAAGAGAGAGUUAAGGGAAGCCUUGAUCAUUUGGAUGAAGUGGCUGCAUUAAUAGCUGCAACAGUUCAUGACGUAGAUCACCCGGGACGGACCAACUCUUUCCUGUGCAAUGCGGGCAGUGAGCUAGCUGUUCUCUACAAUGACACUGCCGUACUGGAGAGCCAUCACACAGCUCUGGCAUUCCAGUUGACAGCAAAAGACAACAAGUGCAACAUCUUUAAAAAUCUUAACAGGAAUCAUUAUCGAACUCUUCGCCAGGCAAUUAUUGACAUGGUUUUGGCAACAGAAAUGACUAAGCACUUUGAGCAUGUGAACAAGUUUGUGAACAGUAUCACCAAGCCCAUGGCUUCUGAAGAAACCAACUCCAAUAAUGAGGGUAGCGACUGUGAAUGUACAACCAAUCUCAAGAACUUUCCAGAUAACCAGACGCUAAUCAAGCGCAUGAUGAUUAAAUGUGCAGAUGUUGCAAAUCCAUGUCGUCCUCUAGAACUGUGUAUUGAAUGGGCUGGGAGGAUUUCAGAAGAAUAUUUUGCACAGACUGAUGAAGAAAAGAGACAGGGUCUCCCAGUUGUCAUGCCAGUAUUUGAUCGAAACACCUGUAGUAUCCCCAAGUCUCAGAUAUCCUUCAUUGAUUACUUCAUAAUGGACAUGUUUGAUGCUUGGGAUGCAUUUGCACAUCUGCCUGCCCUGAUGCAACACUUGGCAAAUAACUACAAGCACUGGAAAACGUUAGAUGAGUCAAAGUGUAGGAGCCUUCGGCUUCCUUCAGAGAACAAUAAUGGAAGCUGAAGGGAGAAAAAGGAAUAUCAAAGCCUACCACUCACACUGUGAACCAUUUACUGGUAUGGACCCAAGAGGGGCAGAAUUUCCUUCACAAUGAAGUUACCAACUGGGCAGUGAGGAGAGAAAUACUGUUUCUCAAUUUUAAAUAGCUCUAAAUUCUACAGCGCUUUGUUUUUAUAAAGGUGAUAAUACGGAGACCAAUAAACACUUUAUAAAGCUAUCCUCUUUUUUGUGGCACAACAGAUCCUUUUAAAGAUAGUUUUAUAAAAUUGUUAUAAUUUGUCAAAUAUAUAAUUGGUAUAAUUUUGUGUGCAGACCAAAUUGAUUAUGUGAAUCCCAUAUAAGCGGGCAUCAUGACAUGAACUAAUUUCUUUGGAAUAACUAUCAACAAUUUUUGAUAAAACUUGUCAUUUUAGGGCAGCCUUGCUUACAGCAAGUAUUGUUUAUCUGAUGCAACAAAACAAAAGAAGAGAAAGUAAUUUGAGGGGGAAAGCAACAAAUUCAACUGUGCUUUGUUGUGAAAAAUUGACUGUUUUAAUAGCAAACUUUGACUUCAAUGUAACUUCAGUUCUGCCAGACAAUACUGUGAGCUUUGUUAUCUUUGAUAGGUAUACAAUUUCUGUGAUCCAAACCUGUCUGUGCAUACUGCUUUCCUUCAUAAGCAGGCUUCCCUGUGGACUUCGGUGCCAGGGGGCGGUUUGCGUGCAAAACUGGGAUGCACUCACAGAGCUGGCUCCGUCAUUAAAGCCUAUGGUAAAGUGAGGACUCUGUGCACACUGUGGGUUCUACAUAGACAAGGAGUCCUUGGAUCUGUUUUGCUUGUUCAAGUAUCAUUUUGUAAAAUUGUAAGUAGGAGAUACUAAAGUUCACAAAGCUGAGCAAAUCCAUACUUUUCUCUGCCUUCAAAUAUUUGACAGUGAGCCAUAUUGUGAAAAACAACUGAAGUUGAAGGACAGGCAUCCCAUCCUAAAACAUCUGUCUGCAUCAUGCUUUGUGAUGUUGUACAGUUCCAAAUUUACAUCUACAUGCUUAGAAUGGGGAUUGCUGGUAUAGUAGAUCUUAGGAGCAGAGUGUGAUAGAUAUUUUAUACACAUGAGCCAUAAGUAAAAGAAACCCUGUACGUGCACGCACGCACGCACACACACACACACACGAGCCAUAUUCAAAAAGGUCUCUAGAAUCCACACCCAUGCAGAAGCCUCCUAUUCUCUUUCUAGGAGAAGGGACCUGGCUGCUCA